AUGGAACGCCGACUCACAUCUAGGAAUGUGAGCCUGGACUGGGUUGAGCGAGAUGGUCAAGAUGGGGACAGUGUCUCAGCACAUCUCAUUCAAAACACAUACGCCCGGCUGAAACUCCAGUAUGCCGAAAGUUUGCGCCAGAAUUGGGUUGAACAACUUGAAUCACCCAACCAAGCUCUUGAGCAGCUGUCUCUCGCUGCAUGCCUGAUUGAACUGUGGAGGAGCAUGUACGGCGCUAUACCAGCAGCAGAACAAGAGCAAUCAUCGAAGAACACAGUGCCGUUCCCAGGGUUCGUGGACCUGGCUUGUGGAAAUGGUAUUCUCGUGUACAUACUUCUCAUGGAAGGAUACAAGGGCUUAGGCUUUGACGCCUGCCGUCGAAAGUCCUGGGAGACAUUUCCAACCGAGAUACAGGAAUGCUUGGAAGAGAGGAUUUUCAUCCCUCGGCCUUUCGUGGAUGUACUGGACUUGCAAGAAAUUGGAAUGGAGAUACACACCGGCGAUUUCCCGGAUAAUACAUUUAUCAUAUCCGACCAUGCAGAUGAGCUCACCGUAUGGACUCCUAUAAUGGCCGCCCUAUCAAGUCCUUCGUCGCCAUUGCCAUUCUUUGUGGUUCCGUGCUGUUCUCGUUCACUUGCUGGUUCUUCAUAUCGCUAUCCUCCGCCAAAGGAGGCUGGUCCAAUACAGAAGAGUUCGAAUGGCACUCAUGCCGCAAGGAAAGUCGAUGAUGCCAUCGAGCAGAAUCUACAGCCUGCGUCUGGUGACUUGAGGGCACUUCGUGCAAUCAAAAUCGAAGAAAAGACCGAGAGCGGGUUUCUGAAUUCAAUGAUUGGAUCUCUCGCUGCAAAAACAAUGAGUAUUGCCGAGGAAAUUGGGUUCGAUGUUGAGAAGACAUGGCUACGCACUCCGGGUGCGAUUAACAUGGCGUUGAUUGGAGGUCGACAGCAGGUCACAAGGAAAUGGCUAAAGAACUUGGGUUCUAGAGAUUCUCGAGCAACACGAGACCAUAGGGAUGCCGUUUCGAGGAAUAUCAUGGAAGUAGUUGAGCGUGAAUGCUCCAAAGAUGGUGGCAUCCAGGUAGCUGCUAAGCUCUGGGUUGAACGGACGAAGAAUCUGCACCAGGGACAGGGGACAGUACACCAGGCUAAAUAA